AUGGCCAAGAAGGUGAACUUAAACUCGGCCGUUGCCCUCAGAAAUGAGUGUGACCAACAUUUAUCGCCUGCAUUCUCUCGUUUAGGUUAUAAAGAGUCGUUCAUGCUGAAGGAUAUCAAAUUAAUAAUUGGAUACUUGUGUGUUGCAUUUGCCGGUUUGAUGUACUAUGCCGAGAAGAAAUACAAGAAUGAUUUUAACAAUGGGCAAUAUGUUUUCUAUACAGAAGUGCUUGUCGUGUUGUUCUUUGGAUUCCAAUUCAUAUGGUAUUUGUUUGGUAAAUACGUUGUCAAAACUACCAAAUACGUGGGUAUUAAAGGUGCGAAGACCCUCAAAGUUUCGACACAUCUCAAGUCGAAAACACAACCUGUGUACUACAUUGACGUUGAUCUUGAUGGAACUAUAGAUCAGGAACAGAUUGAAUUGACUAAAGUUUUCAGAGAAACGGGCUUCAUCGAUUUCAAGAUCUUCUCUGACAAAUUGAUAGGUAUCGUGAGCAAGAUGGAAAAAAAUGCAUGA